CUUUGCACAAGGUUCUCCAGGGCCCUGCACAUCCUGCCUCUACCACUUCCUGUUUUACCCACAGGGCCCCAAGAUAAAUUCUCCACUGUCACUCUGCGGCUUGGCCAUAAAUGCCUCCGGGCUGCCUCACCGAUAGGCCUGGCACUGUUUGUACAGGAAGGCCAAAAUGAAUUCAGAAUGAGAGAAACCAAUUUCUGGAAUGGGGGUGGGCCCCGACAACACAGGAGGGAAGCUUGUGUCCUUGCGGGUCCGUUUCCAGACUCAGAGGAGGGAAACAAGUCACAAGUGACAGCCUUGGCAGUGAGUGGGGACCUCCUUUUACCAGUCCCAUUGCGAUGUAAGGGUCAAUGAAGUGCUGAGGCUGGGACGCGCCCUUGCCCCCCUUCCGUGAUCCCGGUGGGAUCGUGUUGCCUUUCUGUGAGGGAGGGGGUGUUGGAUUUUCGGAACUAACGCCUCAGUCGUGCACCUGUGUUCGUGCGCGCGGGUAUAAUGCCUUGGUUUUUCCAUUGAUACUUAAGAAGGUACAACAAUCCCUCCUCUUGGCCCGCAGGCCCUGUGGGACAGCGAGGAAAGUCCCCUGAGGCCAGGGGGAGGCUGCUGUGUCCCGGGUUUAGCCUCGCGGAAUGGCUGGACUCCCUCUCCCAGCGCGCACCGCGGCACCGCUCACGCCCCCUGCCUUGGAGCGCACCGAGUGGAGGAGCUGCCGCGGCCGCGCCUUCCGGCCUCAAGUCCCCCCGCCGCCCCUGAAUUGACUUGGAUUUUCAGAUAAUAUCAGAAUUCCUCCUGGGAACCUUGAUUCCAUGCUUGGUGCCUUGAAGUUUCUCUGAGAUGAACUGAUGAAUCGGAACCAUGGUGCAAAAGAAGAAGUCCUGUCCUCGGUUACUUGACUACCUAGUGAUCGUAGGGGCCAGGCACCCGAGCAGUGAUAGCGUGGCCCAGACUCCAGAACUGCUACGGCGAUACCCGUUAGAGGAUCACGCCGAGUUUCCCCUGCCCCCGGAUGUCGUGUUCUUCUGCCAGCCGGAGGGCUGCCUGAGUGUGCGACAACGGCGCAUGAGCCUGCGCGAGGACACCUCUUUUGUCUUCACUCUCACCGACAAGGACACCGGAGUCACGCGUUAUGGCAUCUGUGUUAACUUCUACCGCUCCUUCCAAAAGCGCAUGCCUAAGGAAAAGGGGGAGGCCGGGGCAGGGUCCCGUGGGAAGGAAGGACCCCAUGCCACCUGCAUCUCAGAAGAGGUUGGCACCGAGAGCUCGGAGAGUGGCCCGUCCCUGCAGCCUCCCCGUGCCGACUCUACCCCGGAUGUGAACCAGUCUCCUCGGGGCAAACGCCGGGCCAAGGCGGAGAGCCGUUCCCGCAACAGCACUCUGACGUCCCUGUGUGUGCUCAGCCAUUACCCCUUCUUCUCCACCUUCCGAGAGUGUCUGUACACCCUCAAACGUCUGGUGGACUGCUGUAGUGAGCGACUGCUGGGCAAGAAACUGGGCAUCCCUCGAGGCAUACAAAGGGACACCAUGUGGCGCAUCUUUACUGGAUCGCUGUUAGUGGAGGAGAAGUCCAGUGCCCUUCUGCACGACCUUCGAGAGAUUGAGGCCUGGAUCUAUCGAUUGCUGCACUCCCCAGUACCCGUCUCAGGGCAGAAGCGAGUGGACAUUGAGGUCCUGCCCCAGGAGCUCCAGCAAGCUCUGACCUUUGCUCUUCCAGACCCCUCUCGAUUCACCCUAGUGGAUUUCCCACUGCACCUUCCCUUGGAACUUCUGGGUGUGGAUGCCUGUCUUCAGGUGCUAACCUGCAUCCUGUUAGAGCACAAGGUGGUGCUGCAGUCCCGAGACUACAAUGCACUCUCCAUGUCUGUGAUGGCAUUUGUGGCAAUGAUUUAUCCCUUGGAGUAUAUGUUUCCUGUUAUCCCACUGCUGCCCACCUGCAUGGCGUCCGCAGAACAGCUGUUGUUGGCUCCAACACCGUACAUCAUCGGGGUCCCUGCCAGCUUCUUCCUCUACAAACUGGACUUCAAAAUGCCUGAUGAUGUAUGGCUAGUGGAUCUGGACAGCAGUAGGGUGAUUGCCCCCACCAAUGCAGAAGUGCUACCUAUCCUUCCAGAACCAGAAUCAUUAGAGUUGAAAAAACAUUUAAAACAGGCCCUCGCCAGCAUGAGUCUCAACACCCAGCCCAUCCUCAAUCUGGAGAAAUUCCACGAAGGCCAGGAGAUCCCUCUUCUCUUGGGAAGGCCUUCUAAUGACCUGCAGUCUACACCGUCCACUGAAUUCAACCCACUCAUCUAUGGCAACGAUGUGGAUUCUGUGGAUGUCGCAACCAGAGUGGCCAUGGUCCGUUUCUUCAACUCCCCCAACGUGCUGCAGGGCUUUCAGAUGCACACACGUACCCUGCGUCUCUUCCCCCGGCCCGUGGUAGCUUUCCAAGCUGGCUCCUUUCUAGCCUCACGUCCCCGGCAGACUCCUUUUGCUGAGAAACUGGCCAGGACUCAGGCUGUGGAGUACUUUGGAGAAUGGAUCCUCAACCCCACCAACUAUGCCUUUCAGCGGAUUCACAACAACACGUUCGAUCCAGCCCUGAUAGGCGACAAGCCGAAGUGGUACACCCACCAGCUGCAGCCUGUCCACUAUCGAGUGUAUGACAGCAGUUCCCAUCUGGCCGAGGCGCUGAGCGUGCCGCCGGAGCACGACUCUGACUCUGACCCUACUGAUGACAGCGGCAGUGAUAGUAUGGAUUAUGAUGACUCAAGCUCUUCUUACUCUUCCCUUGGUGACUUUGUCAGUGAGAUGAUGAAAUGUGACAUCAAUGGUGAUACUCCUAACGUGGAUCCUCUGACAUACGCGGCACUGGGGGAUGCCAGUGAGGUAGCUAUUGAUGAGCUGCAGAGCCAGAAGGAAGCAGGGGAACCUGGCCCAGACGGCGAGAACUCUCAGGAAAACCUCCCUCUGCGUUCCAGCUCCAGCACCACCGCCAGCAGUAGCCCCAGCACCGUUAUCCAUGGAGCCAGUUCUGAACCUGCCGACUCAAUGGAGAUGGAUGAUAAGGCAGCAGUAGGCGUCUCCAAGUCCCUCCCCAGCGUGCCUCCCGGCAUUGGCAAAGCGAACGUGGACAGGCGUCAGACAGAAACUGGAGAGGGGUCAGUGCGCUGGCGAACCUAUGACAAUCCGUACUUCGAGCCCCAGUAUGGCUUUCCCCCUGAGGAAGAUGAUGAUGAGCAGGGGGAAAGUUACACUCCCCGAUUCAGCCAACAUGUCAGUGGCAAUCGGGCUCAAAAGCUGCUGCGGCCCAACAGCUUGAAGCUGGCAAGUGACUCAGAUGCAGAGUCAGACUCUCGAGCGAGCUCGCCCACCUCCACCGUCUCCAACAACAGCACUGAGGGCUUCGGGGGCAUCAUGUCUUUUGCCAGCAGCCUGUAUCGGAACCACAGUACGAGCUUCAGUCUUUCAAAUCUCACACUGCCUACCAAAGGAGCGCGAGAGAAAACCACGCCCUUCCCCAGUCUGAAAGUAUUUGGGCUAAAUACUCUAAUGGAGAUUGUUACUGAAGCCGGCCCCGGGAGUGGUGAAGGAAACAGGAGGGCCUUGGUGGACCAGAAGUCAUCGGUCAUUAAACACAGCCCAACAGUGAAAAGAGAGCCUCCAUCACCUCAGGGCCGAUCCAGCAAUUCUAGUGAGAACCAGCAGUUCCUGAAGGAGGUGGUGCACAGCGUGCUGGACGGCCAGGGGGUUGGCUGGCUCAACACGAAGAAGGUGCGACGGCUGCUGGAGAGCGAGCAGCUGAGAGUCUUUGUCCUGAGCAAGCUGAACCGCACGGUGCAGUCAGAGGACGAGGCCCGGCAGGACAUCAUCCCAGAUGUGGAGAUCAGUCGGAAGGUGUACAAGGGCAUGUUAGACCUGCUCAAGUGCACGGUCCUCAGUCUGGAGCAGUCCUACACCCACGCAGGUCUGGGUGGCAUGGCCAGCAUCUUUGCACUUCUGGAGAUCGCCCAGACCCACUACUAUAGUAAAGAACCAGAUAAGCGGAAGAGAAGUCCAACAGAGAGUGUAUAUACACCAAUUGGCAAGGAUCCUGGCCUGGCUGGGCGGGGGGACCCAAAGGCCAUGGCACAGCUGAGAGUCCCCCAGCUGGGACCUCGGGCAGCAAGUGCCUCGGGAAGGAGUCCCAAGGAACUGGACACCAGAAGUCUAAAGGAGGAGAACUUUGUAGCAUCUAUCGGGCCUGAAGUAACCAAACCCACCUUUGACCUUGGUGAGACAGAGGAGAAGAAGUCCCAAGUCAGCGCAGACAGUGGUGUGAGCCUGACAUCUGGUCCCCAGAGGACUGAUCCAGAUUCUGUCAUUGGUGUGAGUCCAGCCGUUAUGAUCCGAAGCUCAAGUCAGGACUCUGAAGUUAGCACCGUGGUAGGGGAACACCACGCUGGCAUCUUGGUGAGUAAUAGCUCUGGAGAGACCCUUGGAGCAGACAGUGACCUGAGCAGCAAUGCAGGUGAUGGACCAGGCGGUGAGGGCAGCACCCACUUGGCGGGCUCUAGAGGCGCGUUGUCUGAUAGUGAAAUUGAAACCAACUCUGCCACCAGUGCUCUCUUUGGUAAAGCCCACAGCUUGAAGCCAAGUGUAAAGGAGAAGCUGGUGGGCAGCCCAGUUCGCUUUUCUGAAGAUGUAAGCCAGCGAGUCUAUCUCUACGAGGGACUCCUAGGAAGGGACAAAGGAUCGAUGUGGGACCAGUUAGAGGAUGCUGCCAUGGAGACCUUUUCUAUAAGCAAAGAGCGUUCUACUUUAUGGGACCAAAUGCAGUUCUGGGAAGAUGCGUUCUUAGAUGCUGUGAUGUUGGAGAGAGAAGGGAUGGGUAUGGACCAGGGUCCCCAGGAAAUGAUAGACAGGUACCUGUCCCUAGGAGAACAUGACCGGAAGCGCCUAGAGGAUGAUGAGGAUCGUUUGCUGGCCACGCUCCUGCACAACCUCAUCUCCUACAUGCUGCUGAUGAAGGUAAAUAAGAAUGAUAUCCGGAAGAAGGUGAGGCGCCUGAUGGGAAAGUCGCAUAUUGGGCUUGUGUACAGCCAGCAAAUCAACGAAGUGCUUGACCAGCUGGCAAACCUGAACGGACGAGAUCUCUCUAUCCGGUCCAGUGGCAGCCGGCACAUGAAGAAGCAGACAUUUGUGGUACAUGCGGGGACAGACACAAAUGGAGAUAUCUUUUUCAUGGAGGUGUGUGACGACUGCGUAGUGCUGCGUAGUAACAUUGGGACCGUGUACGAGCGCUGGUGGUACGAGAAGCUCAUCAACAUGACCUACUGUCCCAAGACCAAGGUGCUAUGCUUGUGGCGUAGAAACGGCUCUGAGACCCAGCUCAACAAAUUCUAUACUAAGAAGUGUCGGGAGCUGUACUACUGCGUGAAGGACAGCAUGGAGCGUGCCGCCGCCCGACAGCAGAGCAUCAAACCCGGGCCAGAGCUGGGCGGCGAGUUCCCUGUGCAGGACAUGAAGACUGGCGAGGGUGGCUUGCUGCAGGUCACCCUAGAAGGGAUCAACCUCAAGUUCAUGCACAACCAGGUCUGGACUCACAUGGCAGUAACUCAAACCUCGGAGCUCCAGAGGAGGGACUAGAGACAGAGAAGAAGAGCCUCUGCAGAGAGCAGGUAAAGUGACCUCGCCGUGCGGCCUCUCCCCAGGCCCCUGCCUUGGGCCCUGAGGUGGGUGGGCAGGCUCCCUUCGCCCAAGCCAGCUGCUCGCAUCACCAACUUGUCUCUUCCCUUCUCUCCCCACCCUCUUCCUUCCCAACCUCCUCCACCCUCGCGCUGGCUCACUGGUUCCGAGGUUUCUCCCGUGUGCUCCUUUCUCUCUUCUGCCAGAGAGACGUUUGGGGGAGUCUUCCAACUCAGGAGAAGGACCUGGGGUCAUUGCUCCACCUUUGAUGAGUUUAUUCCCUGUUAACCCUGGGGCCCCCUGAAUUCUACCUCCCAGGGUCAGAAGAAGGUGUGGCCAACUCUCAUCCUACCUUUUCUGGCCCCCAGGGAUGCCACGCCCCCUGCUCCCAGUCUCCAGGGGCCAUGAUGAUGGCUGAGGCCGGGGGACCUUACUCCUUCCUCUGGCCGAGCAGAACCCCUGCAUGGCUGGGGCAGGGGUGACUCUUAGUCUUGCACUCCGGGCUGUGGACACGUGUGUAUUUUGCCUGAUGCUCCCUGUCACCUCCCUCCCCGGGUGCUGUACUCACCUGUCUCUUCUGCUCGGUGUGUCUGCUCCAGAGCCCUCUGACGCUCUCCCUCACACAGGCAGGCCUGGGCCUCUCCUGCCAUCAGGGGAGGAAACUUCCAAGUCUGGUGGGUUUAGUAUCAUGCCAUUUCUUCAUCCGGCCUCAGGACCCUCAGUGUAGGGGCUGGGAGUACAGGGAACGUGUUUAACUUGACCAGAGCAUGGGGCUGGUGACAGGGUGAGUCCUCAGGUGUCUCAGCAAGGUGAGGCACAGGCUAGAGGCAGUGCUUUCCUCCCAGCCGAACCCUGGGAAUGUCAGCUGUGGUCCUCGGGCCCUGGAUGGCAGCAACGACCGGGCUGGUGAGAGACGAGCCUGCCCCCGUGCCGGGGCUCUCCAAGUCGGUAGAGUCACGGCCACGGAGCCGGGAGCCACCGCAGACCUCAGAUGUCAGGCUGAGGGGUCGGGGCCAGUGUCCUCUCACCCGGCCGGGGCUGAGGCCCAGAGGGGAAGGGGACCCUGGUGCCGGGCGCUGCCGCCUGGGGGAGUGUGGCGCUAUUGCUCUUAGUUUUGAACUUUCUGUUUUGUCUCUUGC